AUGGAGGGUACAUUAUUUAAAUGGACGAAUUAUUAUAAUGGAUGGCAACCUCGUUAUUUUGUAUUAAAUGAAACAGGUAUUCUUUCAUAUUACAAAUCAAGUGAAUUAAUUCAUGAAGGAUGUAAAGGUUCAUGUUUAGUACCUGUUUGUGAACUUAAAGUUCAUCCAAAUGAUCCAUUACGUUUUGAUUUAAUUAUACCAGGUGAAUUAUUUCUUUGUUUAAAAGCUAAAUCACAACCUGAACGACAACGUUGGCUUGUUGCUUUGGGAACAUGUAAAUCACGAGGAACUAAAUCUACAACAUCAACAACAACUAUUUCAAAUAAUAACAAUAAUAAUAAUAAUAAUAAUAACAAUGCUACACCUUCAAUAUUGAUUUCACAGGCAAAUGUAAUUGAUAAUGAACUUAAAAUAAAAGUUCAAGAAUUACGUCUUUAUGAAACUGUUCUUACACAACGUAUACAUGCUAUUAAAUCAAUUGCAAAUGAUACACCAAUACCUGAUGUUCAAAAAUUAGAUGAAUCAACAUCAAUGUUGAGUGUAACAUGUGAUGCAUUUAUUCAUACACUUGAUGAAUGUGUUAAAUUAGCAACUGGUGAUUCAUCUCAAUCAUUACUUUUACUUUCUCAAUCAUUAUCAACAAUUCCUGAUGAUAUAUCAACAUAUCAACAAUCAUUUUUUCAAAUUGAUUCUCCUAAAUCAACAAAUUCAACAACAACAAUUUUACCAAAACAAUUUUUUUAUAAAACAUUUUUUUCUCAACUACCUUUUACAUUUGCUAAAUUAAUUUCAUUAGAAUUUAAAGAUAUUCAUUCUGAACUUUUUCUUUCGACAUGUGAACAAUAUCUUCAUAUGAUUGAUAAAUUCAAUAGUAAAACAUUUAUUCCAUUACGUGCAGAUGCCAAUGGCAAUAUUAGUAAAUUAAGAAGAAAAAUUAGUAAUGAUCCAAAUAAAUUUCAAACAUUAUAUUCGAUUGUUAAUGAUGAAAUAAUUGCUAAAACCACAAAAGAAAAAAAUUCAGCUACUGAUGCACUUCUUUGGCUUAAAAGAAGUGUUCAUUUUCUUGGAUGUUUUCUUUGUGAAUUUGGUCAAGGAGAUAAAACUGUUGAAGAUGCUAUCAAUAAAGCAUAUGGACAAACAUUAAAACGUUUUCAUGGAUGGAUUACACGAGGUGUUUUUUCAAUUGCACUUCGUUCAGCUCCUUACAAAGAAGAUUUUCUUGUAUCACUGGCUAUAGAUUCGAAUGAUGCUCGAGAAGUUCUUUUUGAACAACAGAUAUUGAAUGAAAUGAUUGAACAUGGUUCAAAUAUAAAUAUUGUUUUAAAUAAAAUAACAGAGUUUUAUAUUGAAAAUGAACUUGAAUCAGAUGAAAUUAUUGGAUGA